GGGUGAAAUGAUGAAAGGGGGGUGGGCAAUAUUCGUCGAUAUAUCCAUUCCCCUAGCCUUGACCCGCCUUUGCUGCAACUCACAGCAUGAUCGCUCACCGUCAAACGUGCAACUGGACUCUGCCAGUAAAAUCUAGAGAGAGAGAGUUUUAAAUUCGGAACUAGGAGAGCAAGUCACUGACAGCUAAGUUUCACAGCUGAAGUACAAGCGGGCCGGGGCGGUGUGAGGAAAUCCGUGACAGCAAUGGAUGAAGAGAGGGGGCACGUUCCGAUGUGAAUUCUCCACAUUGGAUCUGAAUUGGGUGGACCGACUGCUGCCAGUGUGAUAUUGGAGUUUAUUUUGUGUGUGUGUGCGCGCCGGGAGUCAAAGACGCUUAUUGAGAAACGUCGUCCUCACGUCAUCGCAGGGAAUGGUAAGGGGCUGAGCUAUUUGAAAUGCUGCGAUUGCAGAGUCCCUGUCCGUCUCUGUAUGUGUGUGUGUAUGUGUGUGUAUGCGAGAGACAGAGAGGUGUGGAGACAGACUGCGAGAAUUAAAAGUCAGGGAGGUGGGGUGGGGGUGGGAGCGGCUGAUCAGGAAAUGCCAAACGCUGCCCUGGCGGAGCUGUCAGAUCACAGCGAGUGCCCUCAGCCGCCCCUGGACCAGCAACGAGACCGGCCCGGCUGAAGAUGACCCUGAUCGGCGAGGAGAAUAUCGACGAGUCGAUGGUGUUGACCGCGCUCUCUCAGGGUAAUCGCGAACCCGAGGAGCUGGGGCAGGAAUGCUGCGAGAGGGCGUCCAUCAACAUCUCGGGGCUGCGCUUCGAGACACAGCUCAGGACCCUGGCCCAGUUCCCCAACACCUUACUCGGCAACCCGAGGAAGAGGAUGCGUUACUUCGACCCCCUUCGGAACGAGUAUUUUUUCGACAGGAAUCGCCCUAGUUUCGACGCUAUCCUGUACUUCUACCAGUCGGGCGGGAGGUUGAGGAGACCUGUUAACGUGCCCGUCGACAUUUUCCUGGAGGAGAUCAAAUUUUAUGAGAUGGGCGAUGAGGCCAUCGACAAUCUCCGGGAGGAGGAGGGUUUCAUUAAAGAAGAGGAGCGAAUUCUGCCCAGCAACGAGUACCAGCGUCAAGUUUGGCUGCUGUUCGAAUACCCCGAGAGCUCGGGAGCUGCCAAAGGUAUUGCCAUCGUCUCCGUCCUUGUCAUUCUCAUCUCCAUCAUCAUAUUCUGCUUAGAGACCCUGCCUGAAUUCAGAGAAGAUUCACGCCCGGACCUGAUGAAAUUUGCUACUAAUGGCACGGAACCCUUGGGGGUGAAGUCGUUCACCGACCCGUUCUUCAUCAUCGAGACACUGUGCAUCGUCUGGUUCUCUUUCGAACUGUUGGUGAGAUUCUUCUCCUGCCCCAGCAAGCCGCGCUUUUUCAAGAACAUCAUGAACAUUAUCGAUAUAGUGGCCAUCAUCCCGUACUUCAUCACCCUGUUCACCGAGUUAGUAUACCACCAAAGCAACGGGCAACAGACCAUGUCCUUGGCCAUCCUCAGGGUCAUUCGGCUUGUUCGGGUCUUCCGCAUCUUCAAGCUCUCCCGCCACUCCAAGGGUCUCCAGAUCCUGGGGAAAACCCUGCAGGCUAGCCUGAGGGAGCUGGGCCUGCUCAUCUUCUUCCUCUUCAUCGGGGUCAUCCUCUUCUCCAGCGCCGUCUACUUCGCCGAGACGGACGACCCGGACUCGAGUUUCUCCAGCAUCCCCGAUGCCUUCUGGUGGGCGGUGGUGUCCAUGACCACGGUGGGCUAUGGGGACAUGUACCCCAUCACCAUCGGCGGCAAGAUCGUGGGGUCGUUGUGCGCCAUCGCCGGCGUCCUGACCAUCGCCCUGCCCGUGCCCGUCAUCGUCUCCAACUUCAACUACUUCUAUCACCGGGAGAACGAGCAUGAGGACCAGGCUGAGUACCUGCAUGUCAGCAGCAAGCAGCAGGCAGCUUCCCUGGGCCGCUUCAAGACGAGCAACCAGUCCCUGGACAAAAGCGAGAACUUGGAAGCAGAGGACAACGUGGACGCGCUGUUCCCGGAUCCUCACCCAUACCCCGGCUACACCCCGUUCAGACAGAAACCCCCAACCAAGAAAAUAUUCACUGAUGUAUGAUCAAAAGGAGAGGAGAGGCCGGGCAGAGGGUAACUCGGGUGUUAGGCUCAGAGGAGAAGGGAGAAACUGAAACACAAACCGAGAAACCCUAAAUCCAGUGUUUUCGGUCAUAUUAAAGGAAACAUUAUCUGAUAGCCUCAAACCCAUAGAAACUAAAUAUUUUUGUACCAAUACAUGUGCGACAGAAUCAUAUCUAGGCGAGGGAGGGAGGGGGAGCAUCGAAUUGAAAAAACAAAAAAGUCUUCCUUUUUUCUUAGCUUUGCUGCCAACGUGUGUAGUCUACUUAAUAUUUUUUUUCUGCGGUUUACUGCGACUUGCCCGCCAUUUUUUUGUUAUUGCACUGGGUCUUGACACAUUUCACGAAGAGGUUAACCUUCAAAGUGUGUCAUUUGUAUUGAACAAAAACGAACGGUACGGCAUCUAUUUUUUUCAAAAGUCCACAGUUUCUGUCGCCCCCUUCCCCUCCCCUCGCUUCUCCUCCACUCAUGGCGCAUCAGUUCAUGGGGAGGGGAGGGGAGGCAUCUUUUCAUGGGGAAGAAUUUGGGGGUGGGGAGGGGGUUGAUUUCUCCUGCCUGGGACCAUGUGUCUCCGAGGGGUGGUCUGUGGGGGGUGGGGUGGAGGAGGCUGCUAUUCACAACAUUAUGACCCUUCCAACGUCUCGAUCUGACCGGGAGGAGAAGGGCAAAAAAAACAGAAACGAGGGUUUUGAAUUGUCAAAACAAAAGGCAAACGUUUGCAAAGGAAACUGACGGGGGCGGAGGGUAAGAACCAAAUAGCAAUUAAAUAGAGUGAAAUGGAGAAAAGGACCAAACAAAAAGUGCAAAAUUACAAGCUGAGCAACACACGCAGCUGUUGCUAUCUUCUGCAAUCCUAGAAGUGAAUAACCAAACAGGAAGCCAUUUCCAGUAUUCAUCUGGCUCUUCAUCUGUUGCUGCGUCCAACACUUUUUAUUACCACAGCCGAAUCCAUUUGAUAUAGAGUUCUCCCUCCGCCAUCGCUGAACUGUGGGUGCGAGGGGAGACUAAAAAUCAGUUCGCACGUUAGUUUUUUCAUCUCAGUCAGCAUUCGUGCGCCUCAUCUCUGGUUAAACUCUCAACAGUUGAAGGAAUGGGGGCUGUUGCCGUCAUGCGCAGGUGGAUUUAUGUUACGUUCGUGUCACAAAUUAUCCUCCUCCCUCAACCAUAAACAGCAACAACCACAGAAAGAGAGAAAACAGCAACAAACGCAUUUUUUUUCCCAAGUGCCUGUCUGAGAGGCAGAGAUAAAGGAGACAAAAUAAAGGACACGUGUGCGAGCCCAGGCUCAGACCGGGCUCUGGAAAUAAGGGAGCUGUUGCGGCGGGAAUAGGCCAGCGCCGCCCCGCGGGACAACUUUCAGCAGCGUCGGCGGUUGCUAUGUCAACCUUCUCGACUGUUCUCGAGUGUGACGCUUUAAUUUGCAGCAUCGUCCGUUAAAAAGAGAAACAGAGACAUGUGCCACCAAUAUGCACCGUUGCAUUUCCCUUGGUUUGAGAAUGGUUGGAUGCUAAGAAGCGUUUAAGAAUCAUGCCAUAGUGACCGCAGCCCUGUGAGUGAAGUUCCCUGUGCUCUCUGCAUUUCGUGCACUGUUCGCUGUGCUAGCAUUGACCCCUCAACCCCCUCGAAGGAAACAACAGGAUCCAGCACUGAACUAACUGCAGACAUAAUGCCUUUUCUUUUAAAGGUCGAGGAAACGAACACACUUUGACAGCUGCACGAUACCCAAUUGAAAUCACUGGAGAAAAGAUUUAGUUUUCGAUUAUAAUCGGCGUUAAAUUGAACAAUACGUGCCAAGGUCCGAUCAUUCGCGCCAUAUGACAAUCCAAAGUAGCCACAUUGCCUUGGUGCUGGCGAAAACAAACUCAGGAUCAAUGGAUUCACAACCGGAUCCCGGGAGUGGGGCGGAGGGGGCGAAGGAAGGCGUUUGGAGGGGGAAUCGUAUCUUUGUUCAAUUCAAACCAAUUAUCCGAGUUAGACCGCUCCUUGGCAAGCAAGAGGCAACAUUUUUAUAGGUACUCCAAAAUAGUCCCUAAAAAGCCAGGAGUGGCAGCCACCCCCCCCCCCCCACCCCCAACAAACCCCCUUGAAUGAGUUACUGAAGUCACUGUCAGACGAAGAGGUGAAUGAUCAUUCCUUUGAUUCCAUGAGGGCAGUAAUAAAAGAGGUUUAGGGAAGGGACUCAUAGCGCCUAACAUCCUUGGAAGUCAGCCAUACCGAAGGAAGGCAGGGUUCCUUCAAAUCGGGACAGCGAGAUCACGAUCUGCCUCAAAAGAAUACAAUGGGCCUCACAGUUUGGAGAGAGGCGCGGUAUGAAAGGAAACUGGAACAGAGGUUCUGGCUGCAUAAUGACCCCUUCUACGCACCAGCUGACCCAAUUGAUAGCUACUGCUUGAUCCAAAAGAUACAAAUAAUUCGGAAUCAUUGUGUGCCAACUUGUUGGGAAAAGCCAGAAGGCCAAUAAUAGAAUUGGAAGAAAAACACAGGUACCUAAACAUACUGGAAAGAGAGGAUUCCACGCACACUGUAUUUGGUACUGUCUCAUGACAGAACUCAUUCAGUUGCUUGUAUUCAUUCACUUCUCUAAAUGUAUACAAACAGAUUUUCAUGACAUUUUAUUUUCCUUUUUACCUUUUAAGGAUUAUUUCCUACCUUUCACUUACCACAAAAUGUAGAAGACUUAUACAUUACUUGGAAAUAAUUUGAAACUUAUAUGGAGGCCCCUACUGUACUGAACACACAAUGUGCUUAUUAUCUAUUAGUUAACAGAGUGGAAAUACUUUAUUUUAGGGGGAACAGCUAUUCUUCUAACAAUUAAAGAGUAGCAUAAGGGGUUUGUCUAUCAUUUGUAGACAGUAAACACUGUCCUGAAACUACGAGCUUAAUCUUGGGGGUGAAUUGUUCAAAUAUCUAUUUUUGUAUAUAUUCUAUAUGUUUUAUAUCAAAUAAUUGAGUUUCUAGUGAUAUAUUGAUUUUCAAAAUUAAAGCAUUUUAUUUUGCCUGUACUCAAAUUUUAACUUCUUUUGGAGAUCUGUUUAGGAUGAUGAUGGUAAAUGAUCCAGAAAUUGCAUUUUUAUCAUAAUCUGAUUUAUUGGUAAGGAUAAUUUGUCACAUCUUGUUCUCAAGUUGUCAAUGCACUUGUGUCAAAUCAUUGUAUCACUGUAAUUAAAAACAUCUACCUCA